AUAUUAACGGGAUUUUUUUUUGAGGCAAAUUUUCAUCGUUUUUAUCGUUUUUGCCGAUUUCUUGAAGGGGGUCCUCGCGGAACAUGACAGAACGCUAACCAAACCGGACAAGACCGGAGCACCACGCCCCAAGAAGACGAAUCUUGUCGGUGUGUCUGUUCGCAUCCCUCGGUUCGAGUGUGUGUUUGUGUGUGUCACUGUCCGUGUGUGCGUCACGACAAAACCAAUUUCUUCACCGCUAAGACAAGUAACGUAAAAAAGAAAGCAAGCCAACGAUGCUCAGCUGUGAGUAACAGCUGUCACGGACACACGCGUGCGAACACACACACAAACACUUUUUUUUUUGCAUCAUCCUUAGAAGAAGAAAAGGCUCAAAGUUGGGUGAGAAUGUGGUGGGUUGAGGAAAUUCCUUGGCUCAAUCUGGCCAGCUGCGAACGAGACCAGCUCGCUUAAGGUCAAGCACGCGUGUUUGUGCGGGUGUGUGUGUGCGUUAUCGGCUGUGUUUUAAAGCUGCUGGAGAUAAGUGGUGUGAGUUAGCUCUCGUUGGGAGCGAGAAUAUCAAACACACAGGAAAAUAAGGCGAAAAAUGCUGCCGGCGUCGGUGAUUCGGUGGUUCGACCUUUGGAUUUUACUCGGCAUGGUAGUGGCGCUGCUGGUGGAAGAAUGCCACCAGGUGGUAGCACUGCAGCUGACGGAAAUCAACGUACCGGAUAUCGUCGACUACCGCCAUCCGGUGACAAUGUCCUGCUCGUACGACCUGGGCGAGAACCAGCUCAACUCGGUCAAGUGGUACAAGGGAAACGAGGAGUUUUACCGGUUCGCCCCGAUGCUGAACCCCCGCUUCAAGGACUUCCCGGUGGAGGGCGUCCAGGUGGUGACGCCCGAAAGUCUCUGCAAUCAGUUCCUGUGCCAGAUCUGGCUGACGAACCUGAGCCGGCACUCGAGUGGCCAGUACCGGUGUGAGGUUUCGGGCGAUGCGCCCCAGUUUGCGCUGGCCAACGGGAGCAAAAACAUGACCGUGGAGGCGCUCCCGCAGCACGACCCCAUCAUCAGUGGCCACAUGGUCACCUACAGCCCGGGGGACGUGCUGGAGGCGAACUGCACCUCGGACGUGGCCAGCCUGUCGCCGCGGCUGUACUUCUUCAUCAACGAGAAGGCGGUCCCCGUGGAGUACCUGCAGCAGCUGCAGGAAACCUCGCUGGAGCUGGACGGGUACACGCUCAAGUCGCGCACGCUCGAGAUGCAUCUGCCCCUGCAGCGACUCUUCCCGAAGGAGGUGGACCACGCGACGCUGCACAUCAAGUGUAUCGCCACGAUCGACGGGCUGCGGUCGGCGGGUCGCGAAAGUACCGCCAUCGUGACCGUCCAGAGCCCGCACUGGCUGUGGAUCAUCAGCCGGAGUGGUGGGGUCAGCAGCAGCGCCGGGGGAACCAGUUGGCGGCUUUUGGCUUUCAUCACUCUUCAGCUCCUGAUCCAUCGAUUGAACUGCGGCCACAAUCAACGUUUCCAGUUGGGCACGAUCUAGUUAAAAGAUUUAAAAAGGGCCACUUAUGUGCAAGUGAUUUAACGUUCAAAAAUUAGCAAUGCAGAGAACAGUUAGACAGAACAUUCCUUCGUAAAAUCUUCAAACAUUAUCAACAUAUUCUCGGCAAAACGAAACUAAUUCAAUGCCAAAGUUUGGCCCUGCCACGCAAAACAUAUUGCCAAAAGAAGGAUGAGUGUUAAUUUUGAGAAAGUACGUGAAUUCCCGUGAAAUACGUGAUUUUUCCCCUUUUUGGCUAAUUAUUUGCAUAAUCACAGCUAAGAGAGGUGGAGAGGGCUGGCCAGUGGAAAUUUUUCUCCGGGAAAAACUCGUGCAAAUGAGUUUGCAAAGUUGGCACGCAAACAUGUGUGUGUGUGUGUGUGAGGAGUAUCCUUAAGAUGAGGGUGGCGGCGCACAGAAAGUUGCGAUUUCGAAGGAAUGUUCCGUCUUGCCACCUUCGGCCGGCAUGAAGUUUGUUCGUGGGAAAUUCCUAGAAGAGAAUCAAAGUGAAAAGCAAAAGGAAGUCCCACUUUCCUGGCGUUGUGGAUGGGCGGCGCAGAAAAGUGACACGAACUCACAGGCGAGAAAGUUUUGACGGACGAGUGUGUGCGAGGCAAAGUUAGGAGGAAAAGUUUCAUUAAAGUUAAAAAAAGAGAAAAUAAGCUUGAUGUACAAAAUAAACACAGAUUGUAAAUAUUGAUUCGUAUCAGAGCCAAGGCAGUGAGAUAGCAAAAUAAAAGAAAUGUUAAAAAGACGAAAGUAAAAUAAAAAUGGUAAAAAAGAACACACCUACACAACACAGUAACAAAUGUACACACAAACACACUGGAAAAAAAGCAAAUAAAGUCACACACACGCGUAAAAGUUUUUCAACAUAAA